AUGAUAUCAUCGGCGUGGCUCGGAGCUGCCACCAUUGCAGCCAUGGCUGCGGUGUCGUCCGCCGCCGACCACGCGCACAUACACUCCAUGCCCGGUUUGACACAAGGGCAAAUGAACUCGGAAAUGGCACUGGCAAUCUCUGCGCCCAGCGCCGGCACUCCACAAAUGUCGUACACGAUCGUGCCAAUGACCCCCGCUGUCGGUCUGGGCCAGGACGGGCUCACGCGGAAUUCGAUUAGCAUCGUCGGAAACCUGGUCUUGGCUACUCACUUGAACUACAACAACAUCACCGGCUCGAAAAUUGCAUACCUCUGCUGCGACAACCAGGACAACUCCUUUACCGACCCGGACGACAUGCUCUACACUCUCAUGGCCAACGCGCCCCGUGCCAUUCUUCUCUACAGCCAGGAAGGCACCUGCUGCGGCCUAAAUGCGUCGUCGGGGCUGACCUACCAGAGCAUUUUUACCAUGGCGUCGAUUUCUGAUGCUGCGGUUGCACUGAAUUUCACCAAUUCCGAUGACGGCGUCAUCCGCGCGGCCAUCUCUGGCAACGUGACCACUGCCGACCAAAGCCAGACAACCUCGAGCGGCACCAGCACCUCCUCCAUUGCCAUGAGCAUACUCUACAGCAUUACCGGCCUCAUCACAGCCCUCUUCCUCAUCAUCAUAGCCACCGGCGCUAUACGGGCCCAUCGGUACCCGGAUCGCUACGGUCCUCGCAGCGGACGCGAAGGUCUAUCGCGCCAGAGUCGGGCCCGAGGCCUCGCGCGUGCUGUGCUGGAGACUCUUCCAAUUGUCAAGUUUGGUGACCCCACCCCGACCAAGCCGGAUCUCGGCACCGAGCUGGAGAGUCAGUUAUCUUCUGAGCCCAGCCUCGCCACGACCGAUGUCCAGGUGCAUCAUUUAUCCGCAAUACCAGAGGACUCCGUGUCACAACCCAAGAGCGUUGCGCACACUACGGCAACCACCAAUGCUGUGCCGGAGCCCCCAAAUACUACAAACAUCGGCCCUGCGGACACGGCAAUUGGACCAAGCUCAGACGGCCUGUCCCAGAGCGACGACCAUCUCGGCUGCUCGAUCUGUACGGAAGACUUUACUGUGGGCGAGGACGUCCGAGUGUUGCCGUGCAACCACAAGUUCCACCCGACCUGUGUUGACCCGUGGCUAGUCAAUGUGUCUGGCACAUGUCCUUUAUGCCGCUUGGAUCUCCGUCCCAAAGACGGCGAGGAGGAUGACACGUCUUCCACAGGAGAAAUGCACCUGCCGCCGCCACUGGGCGAUGACGAGGCUGCAGCUGCAGUUGCCGGGACUUCGACCUCGGGCCAACACAGACACCGUGCCUCCCGUCUGUUUGAUCUGAACCGCUUGCGCCACGCCUCGGCCGAGGAGCGCAUCGAGGCGCUGCGUCGAUACCGGUCGGAAACCCAGACAGACGGUGACGACGAGCACGGCCGAUCCGUCAGGCUGACCAGGCGGCUGCGUGACAAAUUCCAUAUCCGGACACAUGCGCAAUCCUCGGGCUGA